UUGCCUCUUUUCUUUUGUUGUAGCAAGUAAUUCCAUGGAUGCCAUUUUGGCCGCACUUGCCGAAGCUCACACUCCUGACGCUCCCCUUCCUUUAACUUCCUCCCAGGUGGUUACUCCCUUGAAAGCUUCUUCCAGUGCCCCUCCAGACACUAUUGACUUAGUGGAUGAGGAGGAGGCGCUUCCUGAGGAAGCUAAAGAAAGUCAAGAAGAGCAAUGGGCUCUUCCUGAGGAAGUUGAAGAAGGUGAAGAAGAGCAAGAAGUUGCUCUGAUUCGCAAGCGCAAGGGCAAGAUGGUUGCCGAGGAAGUGCCCAAACGGCAGCGGAGAGCUGAUACUCCGGCCCCUGGCCCUGAUUCCGAGAUCUCUCCCGAGGCGGAGGAAUACACAGUGCCUCCCAACAUAGUGCUGACUCCGGUUCCUGGAGAUGAGGCGAGGUAGGAACUCCGGAUAACCAAACACAACUACGCCAUGGACGAGUACUCCCCGGGGCAUGCUGACGUGGAGGCUUUGAGGAGGGUUUUGCGAAUUGAAAUGCAAAAUACCCUCAACGAUCAGAACUAUCAAAAUCCGUGGGAUCUAAAUUUGGACCCCCUGUCAGAUUGGUUCAAUCGUUUCCUCGGUCCUACCUUGGCUCCCUUUGCCGCGGAGAUGACCGGCGAGUUUGUGUCUCAGCUCACCCGGUGUGCACCCAAGCGGUUCGCUGCUUGUGCAUCCUUGAACUCCAUCUUUCAAGUCCAGGAUCUCAGCCACUCCCUGACUGUGCUCGCUGCCGAGGCCGGCCGCCUUUCCAAGAACCUAAUUAACCAGGGCUUCGUCUUGUCCGAAUUUGGGGGCAUGGACGAAGUCAUGAAGAUCCUUCAGGAUUUGACUGCUGAAAGGCGGACGUACCGGGAGGAUGCUGAGCGCCAGGAGGCCCUUGCCAAGGCCAAGUUCGAGGAAGAGGCCAGGCGGAGGGAGGCACAAGCGGAGGCGAUGAUCCGGGAUGAGGCCCUUCGGAGGGAUAGGUUGGAGGCUAAGCACCAGGAGGAGCUGAGGGCGGAGGGCGAGGCUACUGCCAAGGCCAAACGUGAGCUUCAGGAGGCUAGGGAAGCCUUGGAUGAAAUGGCUGCCAAGGUGAAGUUCCUAAAGGAAGUUCACCAGGCAGACUUGGAGUCUAGGGCCAACUUGGCCGUGGAGCUCAAGGAGCUCAAGGACUUCAAAGACCAAGCCUUGAAGAGGGCUAAGAAAGAUGAGCUCCUUUCUCCCGUCUCCUGUAGCCGGUGCGUCAAGCGUUUCGACGAUGGCGUCUACAUGGCCUGGUCUACAAAUGGCCAGAACAUCAAGCUCGACUUCUACCCCAAACCCGCGGAGAUGAUUGCUAAAUUCCGGGAGAAGAAGAAGAAACUUGAUGCCAUGCUGGAGGCACGCAUUGGUCCUCGCCUUCCUCCGCGAAUUGACUAGGCCGUUGUGAAUUUGACCCAGAUUUUUCUUAUUAUUAUUUUUUAUUUACAGCCAAUUCUCUUACAUUUAAGACAAUUUUAUUUAUAUAGCUGCUUUUUAUUUAAGGGGAGACAAUGGUUAAGGCUUGUCCCCGGGCCCUUUGUAUAUAUUUUUUGACCUGCCCUGAGGGCCAGGGUUUUUUAUAUAUAUAUGAUCUUAUUCGAUGCA